AUGGCUCGCGCAGGAGUGAGGAAGAUACAGCAGCAAACGAAGGCGCAGCAAGAGGUGGAGAAACAGACAGGUAACAAGGCCUCGAGCCAGAAGACCGAGAAGAAGGACAACGCAAACGAACCGCUUGAGCCGUUGGAUGCAGACGCGCAGAAUGGAGCUUCGGGCAAGAUCAUGUCAAGCACGUCAGCCGGGGAGGAUGCCACGAUUGACCCGCAUCAGCCCGAACAGCGACAGCAAAAUGCUCCUGAGCUUGGACUCAAGGGACAGCUCCCGCGGAUGCUCGGCCCGUCGCAGCUCAGCGGCGAGCUGGUGCUGGAGUUAUCUGGAGGGAAAGCACAGGAGGAAGCGUCCAGGCCGCAGCUGAGGCUGCAAGCCUGGGACUUCCCCGGGCAGCGCGAGUACGCGCAGCUAAACCUCUUGUACUUUACUGGGCAGGCCAUGUAUCUCGCGAUGUGUGAUUUGAGCGCUGACCCGGUGGAGGAGUGGCAAGACCUGAAAUUCUGGCUCUGGGCGAUUACCCGCUACGCCAAGACGGAGAGAGAGAAGGAGGGCCACAAGAAGAAGAGGGGAGGAGGGGGUGAGAGGUUUGAGGAGGCUGAAGAGCAGCCGAGGCCGCCGAUUCUGAUUGUAGGCACCCACUGGAGCAAAAGGAGGGAGGGCGCCGACGUUACCUUGCAGAAGCACCUGGAAGGUCUGGUGGAACAGCUGCCCAGCCUGAGGCGGCAGCUGCAGGAUGGCCCCGGAAGCUGUGAUGGCGAGGCCUGCCGCUGCAAGUGGCUGUUCCCCGUCGAAAACAAGGCCGAUUGCUUGGAAAAGUGCAAAGGGAUCGGGGCGCUCCGGAAGAAGAUCGGAGAGAUCGGCCAGGAGAUGAUUCUCGACAGAGGUCUGCAGCGCACGCCGGCUCAGCACGCCGGCAUGAACUCCAAGCGCUACCCCGUGUCUUGGCUGCGCGGCCACGACCUGCUGCGCCAGCUCGGCGAGGGCCUCGCCUGCACUGCCGCCAGAAAAGAUGUCCGACGCUGCGUGGAGGAGGCCCGAAGAGCGGGAAAGCACCUGCAGAAGGAUGCAAGAGGAGCUGUGACUUUCCCUCUGCAGUCGCUGCUGGACGUCCAGUGCUCUGUUUGGGAGGGGUUGAAGGCACCGGCAGGCACUUCGUUGAGGGUUUGCCUUUUUGGGGAAGAGAACGAUGCAGAGACCAUGGAGGUGAGCCUGUCCUUUGAUUUCCUGUCUUUGGAGACCGUGUCGGAGCUGCUGCAACGCAUGAGGCCGAAGCAUCUGGAAGGUGAAGAGGUGAAGAAGUUGUUGAGGGUCCUGCACUCUUUGGGCACCUUGGUGUGGUUCGAGGAAGAGCACCUGGACCAGAUUGUGAUGCUGAAUCCGAGCAAGGCUGCCGAAGCGCUGACGGGCCUCCUGUUCGUCCGCUUCCGUGAGGAGUCCCACUGGGAACACUCCCAGGAGUAUCAAGCAUACAUGGACGAGAAGAUAAGGCGCGCCGAUCCCGGCGACCUGCUGCGCUUCAAGGCCUGUGGAGUGGUGACGCUGCAGUUCCUGAAGCAUCUCUGGGCACAAGAGUUCCAGGAGGAACACGAGGCAAUUCUGCGGGAGGUGCUCUUGAGACGUGGGGUCAUGGUACAGCUUCCCGAGGUGGAUCAGUUCAUGGUGCCCUGCUGCCUUCCAAAAGCCCACCUCUUGCAGCCGCCAGCGCGGACCGAAGACCUGCUCCUUUACGUGCACCUGGAUGGCUUCAUGUCUCCGCAUCUCUUUCCGAAGCUGGCAUCGAUCCUGUACAAGACGUUGACCUCUCCGGGGAGUGGCGCUGCGGGUCUGUCGCCAGGCCCGCCGCAAAUCUACAGCAACCUGGUGGAGGUCCGCACUGCGGAUGCGGCGGUGAACCUGUCGCUUUUCCCGCUCGGGAGCCCGGAGUUGCUGCGAAUCCAUGCCAGCCACGCAGGCCACGCUGGUCAAGCCAGUCCGCAGGACCAAGAAGACCUGAAGCUGGCCUUGAUGUCGGCCUGGAGGAAGGCAUUGGGCUUCGAGUGCAAGGCGAUGAGGGAUGCUGUCGACGCACAAGACCUGUCAGAGUAUGCGGGCAUCUCCUCGGGCAUCUUGCCGUGGCUCCAAGAGAUGCGCUCCGUGCUGUCAGUCGAUCGUUUCGCAUCGCGAUGCCCUUGUGUGACCCGAGGCUGCAGAGUUUCCACUUUCUCCGAGAAGUGCAACCUCUGUCGAGGUGCAUGCUUGCUGGAGGAGCGCUUUCACGCGGAUCUAAGUGAUGAGCUUCGCAGGGUCAUCGCUGCCGUCUCCUUGUUCGAGCACACGCGGCCAGCAGGGAGCUUUCGCUUCAAGCAGUUCAACUACCCGGGGGAUGUCGAUCUUGCCGAGUACGUGAUCCUGGAAGCUCGCGACGAGGCAGAGGCCCUGGAAAAGUUAGCUGCCGAGCUCCAAAAGAAGUUUGGAAAGCACUGGAACGAGGACUUGGCUAUUCACUGGAGUGGCCUCAAAACUGGAGAUCCACGCUCAUCAGACAAGGACAAGCUCCUGACUUGGAGCCGCGCAGAAGUCGGGCAAGGCUUCAAGCUGUGCCAAGAAGAAGGUGCCCAGAUUGGUUUGGUCGAGGCCCUCAGGAAGGGCGCAAGAGGCCGCACCGCCAAGGUAGACGUGUUUGCCAAAACAUGCCUCUUCCAAGGGCAGCCGUGUGGCGCACAUCAGGUGCGAUUCUUCGAGGUGACAAACGUGCUUUAUGCCGGGUACAUUUGCACGGAGGACGCCUCGAGACAGGUGAGGCCUUUGACAAAGGAUGGCAACCAGAUCGAGUACCUCGAGAGAGGGUUGAAGGAGUACGCUGCGAAGCAUGGCAAGCCCAUGAAGUAUGUGAAGCGGCUUUGGGAGCGGAGCGCGUUCUUCUUCCAGCGCGGCUGGGAUCAGGAGCUCCACCUGAACGUGCUGACGCUGCUGUGGCCGCUGCUGCAGCACUGGGCCGCCCAGCUCUGCCAGCUUGCCGCACAUGCGGAGGCCCUGGCCAGCAUGCUCAAGACAACCCCAAGCCCACCCCAGCAGCCCCAGCAGCACCAGCAGCCCCAGCAGCACCAGCAGCCCCAGCAGCACCAGCAGCCCCAGCAGCCUCAGCAGCACGAGCCACUGACGCCCAAGCAGAAAGACACGAUCGAGGACGUGGCCCAGCUGCGCCGUGCAGGGCCGAAGUUUGCUAGGCUUGAAGUGUUAGUUCGAAUGCCAUGCUGUGCUGCGAUGCCAUACAAGCGCUUUGCAUGGAUACUGAUUUGCAAGAGCUUGAAGGUGAUGCAGCAGCAGUUAGAUGGCCAGAUGCACCACACGCAAAGCUCCACAGAAGUCGAGAGAGAGGAGAAGGAGGAGGCCAGGACGUGUGUUCGCCAGUGUUUGGAAAUGCUGGAGCAGAAGGCCGCCUUCGAAGGAGAUGUGCGGAUGGACAACAUUCAAGAGACGCUGGAGGUCGUUCAGGGCUUGCUGGAAGCCUGCUCAGACGUGGUGAUCAUGAACAAGCUGGGUUCCUUGCCCCACCGACUGGCAGCGCCAAUGGGCAAAAUGUGGCAGUUUCCAUCAGAUCACCCCCCCGUCGGGGCCACGGUCACAGUGAAUGAAGCAAAGCCGCUCCAUGUUGCAUCUUGGAACGUCUUGAACAAGAGCUACUACAAGUUCAUUGCCGAAGACACGCAGGGCCUCAACGGUUCGCUGAUCUCGGAACUACACGCUCGGGAAUCUCCGGAGUCCUCCGACCGAGCAGACGCCCGAGAGCACCGGAUCGCCGACAUCACGCAGAAGAUGCUUUGCCGUGAACAUUACCCAGUCUCCUUGAUUUGCUUGCAGGAAUGCUCGGCAGACUUUCUCCGCGUCCUCAAGAGGAGGCUUGGCGAAGUGGGGAUGCCGCGAUUCAGGCUGCUGCAAAGCGGGCAGGACGACGACAAGAACCAAGAGGCUCUGGUUUUCGACACGGAGGUCCUGGAGCUGCUUCCCGGACCGAACAAUCCGAUCUGCCAUCGUGGCGAGGAGGCCUACGCAUCCGACGAGAAGAAGGCCAUCAUGGAGGCAAAGUUCCGCCUGAAGGAAUCUCAGACUAAUUUCCGCGUGGUGACCACGCAUCUGCCCGGAAGACCUUAUGGACCUGCACGUGAGCAGUUUUGCAAGUGCGUGGCACGUUUGGUGAACCGCGACACAGACAAUCUUCCCACAUUGCUGCUGGCUGACUUGAACUUUCCCGAAGAGGCCGUGAAGUCCCUCCUGCGCUUCCACGACGUGCGCGCGAGCUUCGUGGAGAUCCCGUAUCCGACGAACAUCUGCCCGGCAUCGCUGCUCCCGAAGAGGAUCGACAGCGUCGCCACCAUACAAAGCAAACAAGGCAACAGUCGCAUUCGUGCGAAGGUCUUCUGCGGUGGCCUCAAGGACCCCCAGAAGGUGAUGGCAAAGGAAGUCCUCCAGGAGCUGCUUCCGGGGUGCAAAAGCCGGGAAGCCAUCGAGCUCUUGGAGUCGAGGUCCCUGGAGCUGGAUGAGAACCUGCGACGGCUCCGGCUCCCUGGGCCCGAAGCGGAACCUUUGCCCGACCAGGAGGCGGAUGGACACCACCCCCGACCUCAAGCGCCUUCCCAAGCUCCCAGGGAGGAGGUGCAAAGCGCGCUGAAGGAGGAAGUGAACAGACUUGCACAGGAGCUCGCCACGCUCAAGGCCGAGUUCGAGCACUUGAAGAAGCAGGGCACAGAGAAGGCAGAGGAGGCCAAGCACUCCCCUGCAGCCAGUUCCGAGGAAAUCGACACCGGCAACGUGGCCCUCGGCGGCUGGAUGCGCUUGGCGCGCCUGCGCGAGAUGGCGCGAGAUGCAGCCUUCGAUGAAGUCCCGUCCGCGGAUGAAGAACAUGCGCGACAACAGUAA